UCCUCCUCCUGGCCCUUCUCUGCAGCAGGGUGUCAGUGAGGAGCAGAGCUGGUCCUCCCUCGCUCACGGCUGUGUGCUGGCUGCUCCUGUCUGUCCUCCUCCUCCCCAGCACGCGAGAGAAACCCCAAGCUCACAGUGGACCAGAACCCCCAGGGGCCCGAACGCUGUCCGCAGCGGUCCUGUUUAAGCCGGAAACAGCAGUGCUGCCCGUCAUGCUCCUGAGGGUUUCUGGGAAGACGACGAUGGAGACAUCCAGCCCAUCGCAGCCCCAGCGGCUCCUCUGGUGUUACUGCUACCACCACUGUCCGGAGGAGUCUGCCAAUAACAGCUGCAGGACGGAUGGGUACUGCUUCACCAUGGUGGAGGAGGACGACCGGGGUGUGCCAGUCUUUACUUCGGGGUGUCUGGGGCUGAUCGGCUCGCAGUUCCAGUGCAGGGACACGGGGGGGUCGCUGCAGAGGAGGGCCUUGCUGUGCUGUACAGACAUGGAUUACUGCAACCGGGACCUGCACCCCACCUUGCCUCCGCAACACAGUCCCGGCUAUGUGGACAGCAGCGUCCACUACACAGCCCUCUUCAUCUCCAUCAGCUUCUGUACGGUCAUCCUCGUCUUCCUCACCAUCUUGUGUUACUUCUGGUACAAGCGGCAGGAAUCACAGUCACGCUAUAGGUUCGGUUUAGAGUCUGAUGACAUGUACAUCCACCCGGGGGAAUCGCUGAAGGACCUCAUUGAGCAGUCCCAGAGUUCCGGCAGCGGCUCUGGACUCCCUCUGCUGGUGCAGCGGACCAUCGCCAAGCAGAUCCAGAUGGUGACACAGAUCGGAAAGGGCCGGUACGGCGAGGUCUGGAUGGGCCGCUGGCGGGGGGAGAGGGUGGCCGUCAAGGUCUUCUUCACCACGGAGGAGGCCAGCUGGUUCCGGGAAACAGAGAUCUACCAGACGGUUCUGAUGAGGCAUGAGAACAUUCUUGGCUUCAUCGCGGCGGACAUUAAGGGCACGGGCUCCUGGACUCAGCUAUACCUGAUCACAGAUUACCAUGAGAGCGGCUCCCUCUAUGAUUACCUCCGCUCUACCACGCUGGACGGCAGGGCCAUGCUCCGGCUUGCAUAUUCUUCUGUAUCCGGCCUCUGCCACCUGCACACCGAGAUCUUCGGCACGCAGGGCAAGCCGGCCAUCGCCCACCGCGACCUCAAGAGCAAGAACAUCCUGGUGAAGAGGAACGGCACGUGCUGCAUCGCCGACCUGGGGCUGGCCGUCAAGUUCAUCAGUGACACAAACGAGGUGGACAUCCCGCCCAACACGCGGGUCGGCACCAAGCGUUACAUGGCCCCGGAGGUCCUGGACGAGAGCCUGAACAGAGCCCACUUCCAGUCAUACAUCACGGCUGACAUAUACAGCUUUGGACUGAUCCUGUGGGAGAUCACGCGGAGAUGCAUCUCAGGAGGGAUAGUUGAGGAGUUCCAGCUCCCUUACUAUGACCUGGUCCCUACAGACCCCUCCUACGAGGACAUGAGGGAGAUGGUGUGUAUGCAGAGAAGGAGACCCCCGUUCCCCAACCGCUGGAGCAGCAAUGAGUGUCUCAGACAGAUGGGCAAGCUGAUGUCCGAGUGCUGGGCGCAUAGCCCCGCCUCCCGCCUCACGGCUCUGCGGGUGAAGAAGACGCUGGCCAAGAUGUCGGAGUCCCAGGACAUCAAACUGUGAGAUGAAGAACAUAGACCUGGAAAUAGCAGGAGCAAGGAGGCCAGUGGGAGCACCUUUUCCUAGAUGUUCUGGGACCUGCCAGAAUUCUCCUGGGCUGUGAACCCAGUGAGCACCUCCCCCCUCUGCAGGACACAGACUAUUGUCUGGCUGGACCCUUUGGUGUUACUUCCUGCUGCUGUUGUCAGUGAUUAAUGAAGCUCAGGUCAGAGAUCGGUUUUCCUGGAGCUUCCGGAGCAUGAUGAGAGUGAGCCGGGGCUGUGCUGGAAAUCACUUCUCCCAUGCUAGUGUGCUGCACAUAGCUAUGUGUGUAAGAACGUCUGUCCAUUCUCUCAGUGAUGGAGCCUGUUCAGAGCAGGCACCCGAGCUGCAGUGGGCCAGCUGUACCGAUUUAAGGGUGAAUCUAACAUAUAAUAAACUGCUUUCAGCCGUUG